CGGUCUCACGACACCUGUCGUGUUUUCGGUGAAAAAGUAAAGGCGAGAUUUAAUGGCCCAAUUAAUCAACUAUCAGAAAACAUCGGUUGGUAGAUACUUCAUUCAGAAUCCAGGAAGAAAAAUUUUGCUUUGAAAACCUUCUAGGUAUAUCUCUCCCACUUUCUCAAACAACAAAGACCUUAUUUGGUCCCAGGUCAGCGUCGUCAACAUCUACCUCAGAUCCAAUUUCAUCAGACAAAGAAGACCCAUAAUUUUGUUCUCUGCUGUCUCUGGAUUUUGCUUCCCACUUUAUUCAAAUAUUGUUAGAACAACUCAUGCUUCAGAUGUUUUCAGGCUAGCGUGGUUGUGAGCCUGUGACUUGUAUUUGGCCGGAUAUCCAUAGGUUUCAUUUUGUUAAUUGCAGCAUUGUCUUGGAGAGAAUAAAAAGGAAGUGAAAAUGAGGAUGAGGAACAAAUACAGGAAACCAACCGCUUUCCGUUGCAAUGCAGGGAGUAGAUGUUCAACGUCUGCUGUGGUGUGGAGCUUGGUGGGAUGUUUUCUUAUGUUUCAACUGUACACUCUUGUUCGGCAAAAGGAUAGGUUGGGAGGAGAAAUUCAAUUUCAAGCGAGUCACCACCCGCAGUUCCAUGAACUUGAACAGGUGGAAGAGGAAAAUAUUCAAAUUCCUCCACCGAGAAAGCGAUCCCCACGUGCUGCAAAAAGAAAACCAAGGCGACCAACUACUCUGAUUGAUGAAUUUCUUGAUGAGAAUUCUCAAAUUAGACACGUAUUCUUUCCCCAUAAGCUUGCCAUUGAUCCAAUGAAGGACACGGGAAAUGAUAGCUAUUACUUUUACCCUGGGAGGAUUUGGUUGGAUACUGAUGGAAAUCCUAUUCAAGCCCAUGGAGGUGGUAUUCUAUUCAACGAAAAAUCAAGGACGUACUAUUGGUAUGGGGAGUAUAAAGAUGGGCCCACAUACCAUGCUCACAAAAGAGGAGCAGCUCGGGUUGACAUCAUAGGAGUGGGUUGCUAUUCUUCCAAUGACUUGUGGAAAUGGAAAAAUGAAGGUCUUGUAUUGGCAGCAGAAAAAGCAAAUGAAACACAUGAUCUCCACGAAUCCAAUGUUCUUGAGAGGCCGAAAGUGAUUUACAAUGACCAUACAGGGAAGUACGUUAUGUGGAUGCACAUUGAUGAUGUUAACUAUACUAAAGCUUCCGUUGGCGUUGCCAUUAGUGAUUACCCAACUGGUCCUUUUGAUUAUCUCUACAGCAAACGACCCCAUGGAUUUGAUAGUAGGGACAUGACAAUCUUCAAAGAUGAUGAUGGUAUUGCUUAUCUAAUAUACUCAUCCAAUGACAAUAGUGAACUUCAUAUUGGACCACUGACUGAAGAUUACCUUGACGUGACGAACACUGUGAGAAGAAUUCUUGUGGGACAACAUCGGGAAGCCCCCGCUCUGUUCAAGCAUGAGGGAACUUAUUACAUGAUCACUUCAGGCUGCACUGGAUGGGCUCCUAAUGAGGCACUGGCGCAUGCAGCAGAGUCAGUCAUGGGGCCAUGGGAGUUGAUGGGAAACCCCUGUGCUGGAGGGAACAAAGUGUCUCAACUUGCUACAUUUUUUGCACAGAGCACAUUUGUGCUUCCUGUGCCGGGAUUUACAGGUUCAUUUAUCUUCAUGGCAGAUAGAUGGAACCCAACGGACUUGAGAGACUCAAGAUAUGUAUGGUUGCCGUUGAUAGUAGGAGGGCCAGCUGAUCGGCCGCUCGAUUACAAUUUUGGUUUCCCAUUAUGGUCAAGAGUGUCGAUAUAUUGGCAUAGAAAGUGGAAACUUCCUCAGGGGUGGAGCGGGUGGAAACGAAUAUAGGCUCUCUCUUAUAUCAUCUGUGUAUCUUAUGUAUUAAUAUUCUUUCACUGGCUUGCCCUGGUGGUUGUAUUACUGUAAAUGGAAAGCAUAUGGUCCACUUGCACGCAGAAGAAACGGUGACGGCUUUGUAGAAUGUUUCAGUCUUAAGCACCGCCGGUAAACCCCUCUUAAACAGAUUGCUAAUCACAUAAGUUUUUUCUAUUA